AUGCAAUUGUUUAUAAAGACGAUUACCGGCAAGACCACAUGUCUGGUAGUGGAGCCUGUGGACACCAUUGUCAACAUAAAAGCAAAAGUUCACGAGAAGGAGGGCAUUCCCUUCGACCAGCAACGCCUCAUCUACAGUGGAAAGCAAUUGGAAAACGACCGAACCCUUUGGGAUUAUAAUAUCCAAGACAAAGCGACUGUACACCUGGUCCUGCGGCUGCGUGGUGGUAACGACGCCAACUGCCCAAUGCAUGUCAUCGUCAAAACGGUGAUGGGCAAGACUGUAGUGCUGCAAGUGACUCCACGGGACACAAUCGAUAUCGUAAAGACAAAGCUUAAGCAGAAGAUUACAACACCCGAGCACCACAUGCGACUUAUCUAUGCCGGGAUACAGUUGGAAGACAAUCACACCAUCGCCGGAUGUCAGAUAAAAGAAGGUGCUAUAAUCCAUCUCGUACUGCGUCUGCGUGGAGGUGUGUGA